AUGUCAUCCUCCCUCCGUUCUUUCGGGGGCCUCGCCUCCCGGCUCCUCGCCAGGCCAACUGCCCUCACUCCCUCGACCGCCUACGCCCCAACCGUACAAUGCCUCGCGCCAUUAACCCGCGCAUUCUCAACAACGCCCCGCGACCUUGCCCCCCCGGGCGCGAAAAGCAAAGCUAGCGGUGGCAAAGGUGGCGCCGCCAAAAAUGCCAAAGGCGGCGCCAAACCGCAAAGAAAGGCAAAGAAAGGCCCGGAGGCGCCGCGAGACCCCAAGAUGAUCAGCAUGCUCUCGCAAUUUGCCGUGCUUUCGCCCAAGCGCAUCCCGCCGCCGCUCCGGAUGGGCCGUAACCGGUACUUGCGGCACUGGACGAUCCACCGGGCGUGGCUGCUCUUCCGGCGCCGCGAGCGGGAGGCGCGCGAGCGGAACCUGAUGAGACAGUACCAGAGCAUGAAUGCGGCGUGCGAAGAGCUGAGGCUCACUUCCGGGCCGGGGACCAGAGAGGAGGGUUAUCUCUUCCGCGUGGCCAUGGAGAAGAAGGGGGUAUGGGGCCUGAAUGGGAUCCCGAUCGAGUACGCGCGGGCGCAGACCGAGACGCCGGCAAAGGUGGCGUGGAAUCAUGACUGGAAGCGGUGA